CCCUCGGGGAUUUGCUUUUUCCGUAACAAAAUAGCAAAGCUCCGGACGAUCAGCUGCCCCGGCAGCUCACAGGUGGAGGGGCCCAGGGCUUAGGACGCCGUCCUGGAGCGGAAAGCGCCAGCGGGCUGUGGAAAGGCCAGGUCGAGAGCCGGGAGGCGCGCGGGGGUGGGCGCUGCAGCCGCGGGUUGUUUAUCUGGAGUACGGAGGGGAGGGGGGAGCCUGGAAACCGCCCCGUGUCCCAUUUCCUCCUCUUGUUUUCGCUCCGGAUUCUCCAUGUUGGACCCAAACUGAGGAGCCCGGAGCUGCUGCCGGGGGAUCGGGGCCGGGGGCACCCGGGGGAGCCGCUGCCCGGGCCGUCCGCCCUCGGUACAGGCCGCCUCCCUUCCCGGCCCGGGGAGGAAACGAGAGGGGGGAUGUGAACAGCUGUGGGAGUCGGAGUCUCGGGAGCCAGAGCCGGAGCGGGCCCCCGCCCAGGCCCCCCAGCCCAGCCUAGCCUGCGCGCCCGCCCGUCCUCCCGCCCAGCCAGCCCGGGCCCGCGGGAUUGUUAGAUGGAACACGGCUCCAUCAUCACCCAGGCGCGGAGGGAAGACGCCCUGGUGCUCACCAAGCAAGGCCUGGUCUCCAAGUCCUCUCCUAAGAAGCCUCGUGGACGUAACAUCUUCAAGGCCCUUUUCUGCUGUUUUCGCGCCCAGCAUGUUGGCCAGUCAAGCUCCUCCACUGAGCUCGCUGCAUAUAAGGAGGAAGCCAACACCAUUGCUAAGUCGGAUCUGCUCCAAUGUCUCCAGUACCAGUUUUAUCAGAUCCCAGGGACCUGCCUGCUCCCAGAGGUGACAGAGGAAGAUCAAGGAAGGAUCUGUGUGGUCAUUGACCUGGAUGAAACCCUUGUGCAUAGCUCCUUUAAGCCAAUCAACAAUGCUGACUUCAUAGUGCCUGUCGAGAUUGAGGGGACCACUCACCAGGUAUAUGUGCUCAAGAGGCCUUAUGUGGAUGAGUUCCUGAGACGAAUGGGGGAACUCUUUGAAUGUGUUCUCUUCACUGCCAGCCUGGCCAAGUAUGCUGACCCGGUGACGGAUCUGCUGGACCGGUGUGGGGUGUUCCGGGCCCGCCUAUUCCGUGAGUCCUGUGUGUUCCACCAGGGCUGCUAUGUCAAGGACCUCAGCCGCCUCGGGAGGGACCUGAGGAAAACCCUCAUCCUGGACAACUCGCCUGCUUCUUAUAUCUUCCACCCAGAGAAUGCAGUGCCCGUGCAGUCCUGGUUUGAUGACAUGGCGGAUACAGAGUUGCUGAACCUGAUCCCAAUCUUUGAGGAGUUGAGCGGAGCAGAAGACGUCUACACCAGCCUUGGACAGCUGCGGGCCCCUUAGCCUUCCCUGCUUUCAAGCAACGGCCAUCCUAGUAGGGGACUUUGCUAUACUGUGCCUUUAUGAUCAGCCUGACAGAGUGGAAGCUGGAGCACCUCACCAGAUGGGGCCUGGAAAUAGUGAGGAAUGAUUGGAAAGAGCUUUAGGACAGGUUAGAUGCUGAAUGGGCAAAUAUCAGACCAGCGAUAACCAGAGCUACCUGCUCCCUCAGUUGGUUCCCAAGCUGUGCGUGUGAGAGUGCAUGAGUGUGUGUUGCCAUGAGCUAUGGCCCCAGCUUAUACAGUGUUUCAGCGGGGUGGGGGAAGCUGAAAGAUCAAGACUCUUCCCAAGUUAGUUCAUCUCCUCUGCUGUCACCCUGAGAGCUACUGAGCUCUACAGGGAUGAAGACUAUUGAAGGCUCCAUUGCCAAACCAUGGCCUUUCCCAGUGUUUUAAGGCCUAUGCCAAGGAGAAAAGAAGGGUCAGAGGCUGCCUUUGGAUGUCCCAGGCACACACCUUUCUGAAAUCUUUCUCCAGCCAGCUGCUGCAGACAGAAAGAUGACAUUUCUGGGAAGAUGAGAACUUGUUUCCAGACCAGUGCCCCAGUGGCCAUCAGGUCCUAUGGCCCAAGGGCUGCGCUUGCCUCCAGCCAAGUGCCUGGCCUGGGCCCUUUCUGUGUCUCCCCAAGGCUUGGGCGCAGGCCCUGCCUUCCUCACCACCUAGCCAUAGUCCUGAACCUGUGGGGAAGGAGGUCUUCUCCCUGCCCUGGAAGAGGACAGAUACCUGAUUUCCGUUCUUUUGACUCUGUUUUAAAAUUCUCUUUCUAAAA